AUGUCUGAUCGCGAGUUUGGCGGCAACGAUGACCUGUCGCUGCCAAAGGCGACCGUGCAGAAGAUUGUGCAGGACAUCCUGGCGACAGAACCCGGCAUGACAUUCGCGAAAGACUCCCGCGACCUGCUUAUAGAAUGCUGCGUCGAGUUUAUAACUCUCAUAUCUUCCGAAGCCAACGAGAUUGCCGAGAAAGAUGCAAAGAAGACAAUAGCCUGCGAGCACGUCAAGGCAGCGCUGGAAGAAUUGGAUUUUGGAGAGUACGUGCCUGCGAUUCUCGACGUCGCGCAGGACUAUAAGAAGCAGCAACAGAACCGCGAAAAGAAGCAGACCAAGAUCGAGCAGAGCGGCAUGACCGAGGAGGAGCUCAUUCGCGCGCAAGAAGAGCUGUUCCGCUCGGCCACCGACAAGUUCAACUCGGCGCCUUCGUAG